AUGAAAGAAGUCUCAAUAGCCAAUGUUCGUGCCCAUAACAUUAGCCCUUAUUUUUCUUCAGCAUAUUCAUCGGUAAGUUCUUUUUUUAUAGAAAAAUAUUUGCACUUCUUAAUAACUAUUAGUAUUUAAGAAUUGCAAGGAAUUUAUUUCUCUCUUCCUAUUUGAUUUUGAAAUUUUUGUUCGGUUCAGACGAGGUAAAAUGGAACUACAUAUUUUUCGUUAAUUUUUUUAGUUGCCUAAUCACAUUUUCCAUUUUUUUGAAGACUACUGUGACCGCAAGAAAAAAAACAUCUGACUUUUUUUGUUAAUUGAAAAAAAGAUGUUGAAAAAUAGAACAACGAUGCUCUUCUCGAUAUAAAUAACCGUAUAACUCGGAACGAAAGUGGACAAGGACUUUCCUGGCUGGAAAUUCUUUGCGACGACUUUGGACAUCGAAAAGUUGGGUCGACAGCUUUAGAAGAGUUAGUUUUUUCUUUCUUUGGAAGAAUUCCCUUUUAAGGUUUUCUGUUUAAGAAACUCUCUGUAAAGAUUAUGAAAGUGUCGAAAGGCGAGUUAUUGAAUAAUUCUCAAAAAAGAAAUGACUUAUGAUCAAAAAAAUUGAAGUACAGGCAUUUUUUUCACAUCUUCAAUAAACUUUUAAAACUUUUCUUAUUGUCUUCCUAAAGUUUUCAGAAGACUUGUUAGAUCUUUUUCUGUUUUCCAUUUUUUUUUUUUGAAUAACGGAAAUUUCAAAAAUCAGCUCGAUAAAGCUUGAAAAUUAAAGUUUUAGGCCUUUUCUUUUUGAAAUCUUUUUGAAAAAACCACUUUCUUUGUCUAAAGCGCGAUCGACUGGAUCUUGAAGACGUCGCGAGCCGAAGGACUCUCUGCCCAUACGGAGCCAGUGACGGGAAUUCCAAACUGGGUCCGACGCCAUGACCGCGCCUUCGUCCUCAGUGAGGCCUUCAUUCGAUUUUUCAUAUAUUCCAGUAUUUCAGAGCCGCGGAUCCACCGUCUCAACGUGUUGGCCAUCGACGGAUCCCCGCCGGGAACUGUCGAAGGCGAGGUCGUCCUCCUGCGUCAUUACGACGAAAUACCGGUCUGUUUUUGUUCAAUGGUAGAAGAAUAUCAGUAAAAAAAGAAACUCGAGAUUUUAAUCUCGAAAAAUUCGUCAUAUAUUUUUAAAGGUCAAAAAAAUUGACUGCUUUAAAUACCGUGCUUCUAAAGAAAAUCUCCAAAAAAUGAUUCUAAAAAAAUCUCCAAAAAUCGUUAUUUUUUACUGAUAUUUACAGAGAUCAUAAAUUUCGCUGAAGCGAGGCUUUAUGACCAAAGUAUUUUUUAGUUCUAUCAGAAUCGAUAGCUCUCUGCAUUGUGAAACUUGUGGAAUGAGCAAAAAAAACUUCAUUAGAUGAUAUAAAAAAGGGUUGAACUAGGAGGUUUGUAGUUUCACGUUCACGUUUCAUUUUCCUUUUUUGAAAGAUUUCGUUUCAUUUUUUUUAAUUCUAUGGUUUAUAGUUUUGAGUCUAGAAGUACCUGACUUUUUCUACGGUCUGAAGCAUACCGUAGGCAUAACGGAAGGCUCACGGCCCACUUUAAACUUAGAUAGAACUCCUAUCUUCAGACGGCUAACGUCUCUGGAAAAAUCGUCGUUUUCUCACAAGACUGGAAAGGGUAUUCAAGAACAGCCAAGUACCGUAAGAGCGCCGAGAAAUUGGAAAAAAGAGGCGCUAUUGCUGUUCUUGUGAGCAGCGUCACGCCGAACUCUCUCUACACUGCACAUACGGGAGCUGGAGCAAGGGGUUUUUGAUAUUUUGAGAGAAUUUCGUAUCAUAUAAUUCAGGAUCUAAGAUUCCGGCGGCGUCCAUACCACCGGAAGAAGCGCAAAUGAUAGGCCGAUGGUUGAAACGAGGCAUUUCCGUCAGAGUUCGUCUGGACAUCACCUCCACAAACUUGCCUGAGCCGACUUCCUCGCGCAACGUAAUCCUAGAACUGAAAGGUUCGUCUUUAGUUUUUGAACAGCGAAUAUUUAAAAAGGCAUAGGGGCAGUAACGAAAAACGGGGUUUCAGGUGAAAACAGUAUCUUGUAUAGUUUUUCUUUGCGAAUCGAACGGUGUACUCAAAAAAUUACAGAUGUGACUACUUUUGAAGAAAAUUGUUGUAGCAUCAAAGCUGUAGAGCCAAUCACCGAUUUGCAAUUCUUAAGCUUUUCUAGAUAAUCCCCACAUAGAAGCUUUGAACAAGAUAGUUUGAACCAGUCAAAUGGAGCGUUUAAAGGCACAGAGUUGGAAAAGGAAGUGGUCCUUCUGGCAGCACACGUCGACACUUGGGAUGUCGGACAAGGAGCCCUCGACGACGGCGGCGGGAUGGCCGCCAUUCGACAGACUCUUCUGGCCAUCAAGCGCUACAUCGACGAGUCCCCGCAAAAUCGCCUCAAGAGGUAGAUCAGCUCAAUCGAAGCCUCCAUCAACCGAAAAAAGAACAGAACCAUUCGCGGAGUUUUUUUCACCGCCGAAGAACAAGGAAACUUUGGCGCCAAGCAGUACUUCGCAGACCAUAGGAACACAUCGGAAAAGUUCGUCUUUGGAGUAGAGACUGAUCAGGGCGCCUUCCGACCCAAGAACUACAAUUCUAGAUUUGAGUUCACCGGCAAAGAAAAUCAAAAGUGAGUUCAUUAUUGACAUUAUUCAUGCAAUAUUUCAAACUCGUUUCAUUCAUCUUCAUACAUAAAGCUGUAAUUUAGAUUUCCUGACAUUUUUAGCGGUAUUUGGAAAGUUUGGAAAAGAUCGAGUAGUCAAUCUUUACCGGCUUAAAAGGCGAGAUGGGUAGAUUGGCAAAGGGGACGCGUCUUUUGGCGGAGAACAAUAAUUUGAACACUUUCCGUUCUUUUUUUUAUGGUUAUCUCUUUUUCUUUUUUUAAAUAGUUUUCAUUUUUAAUGCUUUGGAGAGAUUCAGUUGAAUAUAUUAUAAAUAUAAAAAUAAUGGAAAAUGUAUUUUCUCCCAUUGUACGACCUCGAACUCCCAUUAGUUGAUUCACCGCUAAAGUUCGAUUUGUCUGUGCUUUUUUCUCCUUGAACACAGAUCAUCUAAAAUUGAAAAUAGCAAGGAACAUCAGAACAGAGAAAUUAGACGAAUGAGCAAAAAAAAAUUGCCUUGAAAUUGUGAAAAUUCAGUUUCAAUUAUUUUCAAUGAUUUCACAUCAAAAAUCUAUCGACUAGAGUUUUUUGGAAGUGCCUUUUGAAGAAUCAUUGUCAGCAUUUCAAUUGGAUACAUUUGGUUUUCUAGAAGUCCUAUGUCGAAAGUCGUGAAUGAUUUGAACGACCUUGGCUACCCGAUCAGCCUCAAGGAUUCUCCGUCUCAAGUUUGUUCUUUCUUUUCUUAUUCUGGCAUUUUUUGAUUUGAUAACACUUCAAGUCUAAGUUUUCAGGGACAAUUAAAGUACUUGGCAGAUACCGGUGUCCCAACUUCUAUCUACGUCUCAGACCGAGGUUUUUCGCGAAGAAAAUUUAGCAGAAAAAGAAAUUCUGGAACAUUUAGGCGACGACUUCUACUUUCAGUUCCACCACUCGAACGCCGACUAUUCAUCGGUUUUCGAAGCCGAAGACAUCGACCAAACUGCUGCCAUGCUCGCCAUUGUGGCGCUCCGUUUCGCCAACCAGUAA